GCUGUCGGGGCUUUAACUAGCGGAGGGGUCAGCUGAGCAGCCCCUGGAACUCGUGGCUCUGAGUCGCUGGAGCAGCGGUCGGGGGAGACGGUCGGGGCGCGCGGUGCUCGAGCCAGAGAAAGCUUUGCCCCUUUGCAAGUUUCUCUGGGAAGAAGGAAACAUGAUCACCUUCAUGAAUAAUUCAGACAGCGAAGAGGAACCCUGCAAUGAGAGAACAUCCCUGAUGUCGUCCGGGAGUCCCCUUCUACCUGCCUACCAUGAUGGUGUGCCAGCAUCCGAAACGGCAGAAACUCACACACACAAGAAAAGGCAGACUGGCAGCAGCAGCAGCUCGAACAAAAUUCCUGAUGGAAACGUGUCUGACUCGGAAAGAGCGCUGCCGGGACCCGUUGUCCUGGAUAACGAGGAGGAAGAACUGACCUUAAAAUAUGGAGCGAAGCACGUGAUCAUGCUGUUUGUGCCUGUGACGCUGUGCAUGAUUGUGGUGGUGGCAACCAUAAAAUCGGUGCGUUUCUACACGGAGAAGAAUGGACAGCUGAUUUAUACCCCUUUUAGUGAAGAUACACCCUAUGUGGGCCAGCGUCUCCUGAGCUCUGUGUUGAACACCAUCAUCAUGAUCAGUGUCAUAGUAGUGAUGACAAUCUUCUUGGUUUUGUUAUACAAAUACCGUUGCUACAAGUUCAUUCACGGCUGGCUGAUUCUCUCGUCUCUGAUGCUGCUGUUCCUCUUCACCUACAUCUAUCUUGGUGAAGUGCUCAAGACCUACAAUGUGGCCAUGGACUACCCGACCCUCUUCUUCGUCAUUUGGAAUUUUGGAGCAGUCGGGAUGAUUUGCAUCCACUGGAAGGGGCCCUUGCAGCUCCAGCAAGCCUAUCUCAUCAUGAUCAGUGCCUUGAUGGCUUUGGUCUUCAUUAAAUACCUGCCCGAGUGGUCUGCCUGGGUCAUUCUGGGAGCCAUAUCGAUUUAUGACUUGAUGGCUGUUUUGUGCCCCAAGGGACCUCUCAGAAUGUUGGUGGAAACGGCGCAAGAGAGAAAUGAGCCAAUAUUCCCUGCCCUCAUUUAUUCCUCUGCGAUGAUGUGGACUGUAGGAAUGGCAAAACCAGACAAUGCACGAAGAGGGUCUUCUCAAGAGAUAUGGGAUCCAGCUGAAGGGGCCGAGAACCAUGAUAGCUCUUCAUACACUGAGACUGAAGUUCCUGAGAUGGGGGAGUCAACAAUGAAUUACAUUGGCCAACAACUUAGGCAAAUGGCCCCCAGCGUAGUUGAACUGGAGGAGGAAGAAAGAGGUGUCAAGUUAGGGCUUGGAGACUUCAUAUUCUACAGUGUGCUUGUGGGCAAAGCAGCUGCCACUGCUAGUGGCGACUGGAAUACCACUCUGGCUUGUUUCGUAGCCAUCCUCAUAGGCCUGUGUUUAACUCUUUUAUUGCUGGCCGUGUUCAAGAAAGCCUUGCCUGCCCUUCCCAUCUCCAUCACCUUUGGCUUGAUCUUCUACUUCUCCACGGAUUACCUUGUGCAACCUUUCAUGGACACCCUGGCAGCUCAUCAGCUCUAUAUUUAAAAAUGAGUAUGGCCCUCCUUUGAGAGCCGCAACAGUAAAGCAGGACGAUUUCCGACAGGAUAAAAUUCUACGGUUUUCACACUUAGUGCCAUUAUGUUUUGAGACCCUUUCAAACAAAUAUGCGAGUCUCCCCUGAGAUUUAACAGCUGGGUCUUGUAACUGCUGAAGUUAAAAUCUGACCUGGAGCAGGAACUAUGCAGAUCGAUGCAAUAGGUGUUUACCUGGAAUUGAACCCUUGCUCCCUGACUGAGUUCAGUGGAUCUUGUUCCCAAUGAAGUGUGCACAGGAUUGCUGCUCUGAUGACCUUGAGAUACCUCGCUGGCCUCUUUAGUUUUUGAUUAGCACGUUCACCUCUUCCACUGUACUGAAAGUAUAUUGCUUAUUUUAGCCCCUCGGCAAGAUGAAGAAACCCUCUCUUGGGAUGUGAGUUGUUGAUAAAGGAGGUUUCCGCUUUACACUAUGGCUUGGGAUCAUAAUGAAGAAUAAUAAUCCUAGAACAGUAAGAGUGCCAUGCGCAUUGAAAUAAAAUGCUGGGGAAUCUCUUCUUUAAAAGAGGGAGAUCAAAAGAGAAGACCAAAGUGCAGGAGUGCUUCAAUUUUGCCAGGAAAGCCAGGCAGAGGGAUGGAACAGCUGUUUGAACUUCCUCCAGUGGGUAUCACAGCAAAAAUUGCAGGAAGCAAAAUGCAAAACGCACAGUAUUAUUUUGCAGGGCUUUUGCAUGUCCUUUCCUUUUGUCAGGUGAGCUACCUCGGGAAUUGGUGCUGGUUAUGGGUAAAAUCCAAUUUAAGUCCUACUUAGAGUAGACCCAUUGAAAUGAAAAGGACUUAACACCACCCAUUCAUUUCAGUAGGUCUCUAAAUAGGACUUCAGUUGGAUUUUCCCCUGGAGUUGGGUUACCUUCCAGGUAUAAAUACAUCAGAACUUAUAUAUUAUAUGCACACACACAUUCUUAAGCCCAGCUGUUCUUCUGGCAUUGCUCGAGUGAGCAAAGAUCAAAGAAAAGGGAGCAGUAGGGCUUGCGACGGCGUAUUUCCAGAACCUUUAGUGUAGGGACCUACUAAGAGAGGAAAUGUUGUAAAUAACAGAUGGUUACCUCAUUUCCUGGGUCCCUCCCGUUUCCUGGAUUAGCAACCAGUGCAAGAGGUCACUUACAAACAAACUCUUGUAUUGAACUGCUCAGGAAAGGGUUAAGGAGAAGCAAUCAAUUGAGGUCACAGGGAGGGAGCUGCUUUAGCAACUAGCCAGGAUUCCUGCUGGUGGAUCAUGCUAUACUGUCCUAGCACAACUUUUUGUGCUAUCUGGUAGAGCCAGCUCGGUUCUUGCUAGCUAUUAGAACUCUGCAGCCUGGUUCACAGAUACCACUAACCGAUGGUAUUGAUCACUGGAUUCCCACAAUGUGAAAAGGUGGCCAUGCUAACAAGCCAUGGUUUGUUGACCACAAACAACCCAGAAAGAGAACGGGUUGUGAAUUCUGGGUUAUUUAAAUGAUGGGCUGUCAUUACGUGUGAAGCCAGAACUGUGGGUUGUUCAUGGGUUAUUUUGCCAGGCUACAGAGGCGGCAGCCAAGAGUAGUAAAAUAAAAGCCCAAGCUGCUCUGCAUGCCAGUACUGCAGUGCCGCAAAAAGAUUUGGGGUACAGGGAUGGAGCAGGCAAAGGAUGAGGGAAA